CUUUGAGAGAGCAACCGACACGCGAGAAGAUAGAAAGUUGAGACGACAAACAUGCCGACUGUUGCCGAGACUCCAAACGAGUUCAAGUUGAACAACUGCCCUGCGGACGGGAUCUCGGCGGUGAAGUUCAGCCCGACCAGCUCGCAGCUGCUGCUGGUGUCGUCCUGGGACUGUUCGGUGCGGCUGUACGACGUGAGCGGGAACAACCUCAGGAACAAGUACGAACAUUCCAGCGCCGUCCUGGACUGCUGCUUCUAUGACCCUGUGCACCCCUACAGUGGUGGACUGGACCAGAUGCUGAAGACCUGUGAUCUGAACACAAGCCAAGAAACUGUUGUUGGGAACCAUGAUGCAGCCAUCCGCUGUGUGGAGUACUGUCCUGAUGUCAACGUGGUCAUCACAGGCAGCUGGGACCAGACAGUCAAACUGUGGGACCCGCGCACACCCUGUAACGCUGGGUCCUUCUCACAGCCUGGCAAGGUGUACACAAUGGCAGUUACAGGUGAUCGACUGAUUGUGGGAACAGCAGGCAGACGAGUGUUGGUGUGGGACCUGAGGAACAUGGGUUAUGUGCAACAGAGACGAGAGUCCAGCCUGAAAUACCAGACCCGCUGUAUCAGGGCCUUCCCCAACAAGCAGGGCUAUGUGCUCAGCUCCAUAGAGGGCCGUGUAGCUGUGGAGUAUUUAGACCCCAGCCCCGAGGUACAGAAGAAGAAGUACGCCUUCAAGUGUCAUCGUAUCAAGGAGGACGGAAUCGAGAAGAUCUACCCUGUUAACGCUAUCGCCUUCCACAGCCUGCACAACACCUUCGCUACAGGAGGGUCGGAUGGUUUUGUGAACAUCUGGGACGGGUUCCACAAGAAGAGGCUGUGUCAGUUCCACCGCUAUCCCACCAGCAUCGCCUCCCUCGCCUUCAGCCACGACGGCAGCGUGCUCGCCAUCGCCUCGUCAUACAUGUACGAGGAGCUGGACGUGGAACAUCCCGAGGACGCCAUCUACAUCCGCAAUGUCACCGAUCAGGAAACAAAACCCAAGACCUCAGGUUCAGCCUCUUGAAAGGAAGUCUCCUAAAAGCCACAAAGGACAACAAUGCCUACUGUCCAUAUCAGGAGAUGCCAACAAGUCUGGUGCCAGCUUCCUAUUCAUAUAACAUGUUCACUGAUGUACAGUACAUUUUAACAUUGAGCAUAAAUAUUUCCCCACACCAAGUACAAAUUGAAUGGUAAUCUCUGCAUACUACAUUAUCAUAUGAAUCGUAUAAAUGCUGUACAUAAAACCGGUACUUAGGGAAACUAUAGGGAGGCUGCAUAAUAUACAAAACCUUGAAGAUUCAGAAUUACCAACAAUGGUGAUAAAUGUACUAUACAGGUACAUGUAGCAAAUUCAUUGACCUUUUUUUACUAAGAAAUAAGUGUAAGAAAUAGUUUGUGUAGAGUUCUUUUCUAACAUGAAAAGUAAAAGAUAAGUAAAAGCUAAAUAUUCCAUCUUUGUACAUAUUUUAUCACUACUAUGACUAUUAGUUCACUAAUUGUCUCAGGUGAAUGUGGUAGAUCUGAUUUUUUUAUUGGUUUGGUACUAAUAAAUUUUGACUCUUCUUUCUGUACUUAUUAUAAAGAGAAGGUAGGGUAGUUGAAAAGGAUGUAGGGAGGGAUGACAUGAGGAAUUGUGUGGUUAUACAUUUGUAGAUGUAUGUACAACCUUCCUCUUAAUGAAGGUUUUAGAAAAAAGAAAUGCAGAAGUACACAGAGAAUGACUGAAGUAAAGUAUAUAUACUGUAGACGCACCCACACAUUCAAAAGAAUAAAUAUUUGUACUUGCUUUUCUUUUCCCAACAUUAUGUCCUGGUGUAUUGUCAACAUUUUUUCUUUGCUUAUAAGCUGUCUCUAAUGUUGAAUAAAGUACAGUUGUUUACGUGA